CGGCCUUUCAGCCACUUGGGGCGGUGCAGCCAGCCCGGCCCUAAAGGAAGACCAGAAAGAAAGACAUGCAUCGGUUUCAGCCUUUCAGGUUCGGCCUUUCAGAUCGGGGUCGCCUCGAUUUUUCGCCCGCCGAGUGCUGCUAAAUUAGGGGGAUCGGCUGUGAAUACUAAUACGGUGGGGCCUUUGCCCCUUAGCCAUGGCAAACAAAAGACCCAUCCAGGGCCCUCUUUUAAACAUGGCUGUGAUGUUGCCGCCCUCUUCUUUUACUCUCUUCUGUCGCACUUACUCCAUCUCACCAUUUCCCGCGGCACCUCAUAAAUGACCUCCCAACAUGCCGCUCAUUGCCAACACUCCAGAAUCCGUGUUAAAUCGCACCGACUCGCUUGACCCGGCCGCAACCUGUCGCGGCCUGACCUCGAAUGGGCGGCCAUGUCGCCGUUCUCUGGCGUCUUCGCCGCUAUCAGCGUCCGCGGCUGGGAAGCAACAGCAGACUGACGCGUCUGAAAUGUACUGCUGGCAGCACAAGGAUCAGGCAGUGUCAGUGUCGCAGCAGAACCCUGGACCGAACCCUUUGCCAUUGAAGCCCCGCGGCAGCAUUGACACAUUAAUGGAACGGUUAGGGUUGCUGGACAUUAACGAGGCUGGGACGUCAGAAAAGCGUCGCAGACAACGGAAGCCAGCGCAGAAAAGGCAGACCAAACGAACGAUCUGCUGCUGCUUCGAGGUCAUAGAAGAGGAGGACAUCCAGCCACCACGACCAGUCAGUGCGCCCACUGCCAAACCGCAACAGCCAUCGGGCAAGACAUCAUCGCGGAUUCCGUCCCUGUCGCCCCAUCAGACGCCUUCCUCGGGAACAGACGACGACCCUCUUGCAUGGAUUCCCACCGGUCUCUCGCCGGAGACACUAUCCAACCUCACCAAUGAGCUCGCCAAGCCCAUCUCGGAGAAAGACGAGCCAGGCUACAUUUACAUGUUCUGGCUGACGCCCACGACAUCCGAUUCCAAGGGCCCUCCGCCUUCCGAGGUCGCCUCGUCCCUGCUGCCACCGACCUCCUCCCCGGGACGGGACCGCCGCGUAAGUGAUGCCCUUCGAACCGCUCGCUAUCUCAACGCCUUGGCGUCGGCACCCACCAGUGACAGCCCCGGCACGAUCCGAUUAAAAAUCGGGCGGGCCAACAACGUCCAACGACGACUGAAUGAAUGGUCGCGGCAAUGCAGCCACGAGAUCAGCCUGAUCCGCUAUUACCCCUACACGCCCUCCACCCCCCAACCCUCGCCAUCCCGACGUGGUGCCCAGCAGCACGACGACAGCAGUAGCAGUACUCUCGUCCCCGGACGCAAAGUGCCCCAUGUCCAUCGCGUGGAGCAUCUCAUCCACCUGGAACUAUCCGACGUGCGGCUCCGCAACCUGGGCAAAUGUCCCGACUGCGGGAAAGAGCAUCGCGAAUGGUUCGAGGUUCCGGCGGAGAAGUCGUCUCUCAAACGAGUGGACGACUGCAUACGCAGAUGGGUCAAAUGGGCCGAGAUGCAUUAACCGCAGCUCCUGCAUUAGGCAUUACCACUCGGGCACAGCUAGAAGGAACGUACGUGCUGCAUCUUGAAUUGCUCUCGCAAAUGCAAUGCACAUACAUCCCUCUCAGCAAUC